CUGUGGGCAGCGCUGGACGCGCACCUUGGCUCGCGGCCCGCCCCCGCGCCCUCGGCCUGGACGCCGCUGCUGCUGGGCCUGCGCUGCGAUCACCUGCGCGCGGCCGGCGCCGCCGCCGCGCCCGCGCUGCUCGACGCCCUGAACGCGCAGCUGCGCGCGGCGCGCCGGCCCUUCCCGUCGGCGCUGCGCCGCUGCGCGCGCCAGGCCAUGGGUUCGUGAUGGCCGGGGUGCCGCCCGAGGCGCUGGAGUGGGCGCCCGAGGAGGCGGCGCGCGCGCUGCUGGAGGCCGUGGGCCGCCUGCCGCUGGAGGAGCUGCUGGAGGCGGCCGGCGGCGCCAGACGGGCGCGCUCUCUCGCCAUAGCGGCAGCCAUGCGCCUGCCAGUCGACAAAGAGAACGAAGUGUCGCCGACGCCGCCGCUGCGCCUGGAGUCGCUGUCUGCGCUGGGGUCGCUGCUGUGGCUGCUGCCUUCCAACCACCUGGUGCGCCUCGACCCGCCGUCGCUGCGCCUGCUUCUCGAAGCGCAGCCUCCCGCCUUCACGCGCGCGGUCUGCGAAGACUCCAACGCGCAGUCGGUCUGGUCCGCCAUCAUCCCCCACGCAUUCGGAGCGCCUGACACCUGGACGGCGGGCACUCUGGGCUCGCUAGGCGGGCUGCUGGCCGUGCUGUCGACGUCGACGCUGGACACCGUGCCCGGCGGCGCGUGGGCGGAGGCGGCGGACGCCCUAUCGUCCGCCUGGCCGUUCGACCACGCCGUGCGCCUGCCGG